UUGAGAUUCCCAUUCUAAGGAAAAAAAACUCAACUUUGUCUUGUGCAAAUCUUAAGAUCAGAGAUGGCAUCGUUUUGCAGAUCAGCGUUAAUGGCAGGUUCCAGAAACUUAGUAUCAAGAUCCAGAACCGUUACUCAAAAAACCCUCAAUCUUAAACCCACAACUACUUCAUCUCCUUUCGCUUCAAUGUCUCAAUCUAUCCCUCGCGCUUCAAGGGUUCUCUCUGCUUUGGGAAGUGUUGAAACGAUGAUUCCACUUCACAGUGCCGUUGCUUCAGCUCGGCUCCGGUCAAGCAUCGCUGCUGAUUCCUCUUGUUGGAGCUUGCUUUCUCAGGGACUUGCCACGCCUUUCACAAUUCUGUCAGAAACCGGAGCUCCGGCGCCGGAGGAGCUUAAGGAUUCACUUCUUGAAUACCAUAAGAUCGACGCUGCAAAAUCUCUUAGCAACUUGUUCCUUCAAGCAGAGAAGACAACGAAAGAAGACGAGAAGAUCACACCAGAAAGAUGCCGAAACAGAGCAUCCGAACAAAGUCUUUGGUUGGGUGCUAGAGACAAAUCCGGUGUUCUCUCUCCUUUUCACUUCUCUAGAAGAGACAAUGGUGAAAAUGAUGUGACAGUGAAGAUCUUGUUUUGUGGAGUUUGCCACACUGAUUUACACACCAUCAAAAAUGACUGGGGAUACACGUAUUACCCAGUAGUUCCAGGGCAUGAAAUCGUUGGGAUCGCUACAAAAGUUGGUAAGAACGUGACUAAAUUCAAAGAAGGAGAUCGUGUCGGAGUAGGAGUGAUCGCUGGUUCGUGCCAAUCUUGCGAAUCUUGUGACCAAGAUCUUGAAAACUACUGUCCUCAAAUGUCUUUCACAUACAAUGCGAUUGCAUCCGAUGGAACCAAGAACUACGGUGGCUAUUCGGAGAACAUUGUGGUUGAUCAACGGUUUGUUUUGCGGUUUCCCGAGAAUUUACCAAGCGAUUCGGGUGCGCCGUUGCUGUGUGCUGGAAUCACUGUGUAUAGUCCAAUGAAGUAUUAUGGUAUGACUGAGGCAGGGAAGCAUUUGGGUGUUGCUGGACUUGGUGGGCUUGGUCAUGUUGCUGUUAAGAUUGGUAAAGCUUUUGGUUUGAAAGUUACUGUGAUUAGUUCUUCUUCUAAGAAAGAAGAGGAAGCCAUUAAUCAUCUUGGUGCUGAUUCGUUUCUUGUCACCACUGAUCCUCAGAAAAUGAAGGCUGCAAUUGGAACAAUGGACUACAUUAUCGACACAAUAUCAGCAGUACAUGCUCUGUAUCCGUUGCUCGGGUUACUCAAAGUCAACGGAAAGCUCAUCGCUUUAGGCUUACCUGAGAAGCCUCUCGAGCUACCAAUGUUCCCUCUUGUUCUUGGAAGGAAAAUGGUGGGAGGAAGUGACGUGGGAGGGUUGAAGGAGACACAAGAAAUGCUUGAUUUCUGCGCUAAGCACAACAUUACGGCUGAUAUUGAAUUGAUUAAGAUGGAUGAGAUUAACUCUGCUAUGGAGAGGCUUGCUAAGUCUGAUGUCAGGUACAGGUUCGUGAUCGACGUGGCUAACUCCUUGAGCCCUCCAUGACUGAGCCGAAUCUAAGAAUCAACCAUUGAGGAGGCUUUAAAUCUAUGUCAAAAUCUUUUGUUUGUGUCUCUCCUGUUAUCUUCGUUUUCUGCUUUCUGUUUGAGAAUCGGUUUCUUCUCAGACAAGUUACCUUAUUUCUUUGUUUCUUCUCAUGUUCUGUUUCCUAAAAGAAACUCUUUCUGAUUCGAGAUAUUAAACUUUGAUCCAUCUU